AUGGGAAGCGCAAGACGGCAGGGCUCUUGUGUCCUCCUGGGUGGUGGGGUGGGGGUGGGAUGCCCAGGGAGAAGAGCAGGGACCCCUCUGACCCGGAGCUGUGUGGCCUCCUUUGCAGAGAUGCGGAUUGGACUCACGGAGGAGUUCUGCGUGGGCAAGACCGAGCUGCGAGGCUAUGGCACAGCUGUCCGCGUGGAUGAGUGCUCUUUCCACGGCUCCGUCAAGCUGGAGGAGUUUGAGCGCAGCCGCAUCCUCCGCGUGAACCCCAGCCAAGGGGAGCUGACCCUGAUGCAGUACCAGCUGGCAGACGACAUCCCUUCGGCCCUGCCCUUCCAUCUGUUCCCCACCGUCAGCCAUGACGACAGCGGCAGCCAUGCCGUGAACGUCUGCCUCCAUCUGCCCGUCCCCAAGGCCUCUCUGAGUCGGCCCGGAGAGGCCCAGUGGCCACUCCCUUUGUGCCCCGUAGAGACAGGGAGCCGUACGGAGCUCCACACACAAACCCCCCUUUUGCCUCUGGGUUUUCUCCUCCCCCCCCCCCCAGCGUCGCCCAAGGAGCUAAGCAAUCCGGAGCAGACGGCUGCCCUGCAGUCCAGCACCAAAUCCAUCGAGUGGGUGGUGCCCAGAGUCCAAGGCGGCUCCCAGCUCUCUGCCCUGUUUAAGCUGGAGGUGCCGGGGCUGAGCCGGGCCGUGCUGCGGGAGCUGGGGCCCGUGAGCCUCUCUUUCGAGGUGCCGGCCCACACCUGCUCCGGACUGCAGAUACGCUUCCUGCGCUUCACGGGGACACAGCCGAACCUCCCUUACCGCUGGGUGCGGUACGUGACACACAGCGAGUCCUACGUCAUCCGCCUUAACACAGGGUAGCUGUUCGUUCUGACGGAAGAGCUGCCUGGAGGCACCAGGUCAGGCCUUGGAGCAAUUUCAACAAGGAACCGUUUAUUUAUUAACAAGGAAACAUUAAUAGUGCUGGACUAAUAAAGAAUUAUGUCAC